GAAAGCAAAAAGUAAAAUGAGUUUAAAUAUCUGCAUUUUGGGCCGCAAAAGCAAUGGCCUUAACAUCUUGAACAUAUCCAGAAAAGUUCAAUGCAGAGCCCUGUCGGCCGCGGUGGCGGCACCCCAACCCAAGCAGAGGAACAGUCAAAAUGUGGUGCUUGUUGAUGGUGUCCGUACACCAUUUUUGACUUCCGGAACCUCCUACUCGAAACUUAUGCCGCACGAAUUGGCCCGACACUCUCUUUUAUCGCUGUUGCAAAAGAAUCGACUUGACAAAGAGCUCAUCGACUAUAUAGUCUAUGGCAGCGUCAUCCAAGAAGUGAAGACUUCCAAUAUCGCACGCGAGGCAGCACUCGCAGCUGGGUUCAGCAAUAAAACACCCGCCCACACGGUCACAAUGGCUUGCAUCAGCUCCAAUGCGGCAAUAACAACGGGCAUGGGCUUGAUUGCAACCAACACAUACGAUGUUAUUGUGGCUGGUGGCGUUGAGUUUAUGUCAGACGUUCCCAUUCGCCAUUCUCGCAAGAUGCGCGGUCUUAUGCUAAAGGCGAACAAGGCAAAAACUCUUGGGCAGCGUUUGGCGUUGCUGUCGACAUUCAGGCCUGGCUUCUUGGCCCCCGAAUUGCCAGCUGUGGCCGAGUUUUCGUCUGGCGAGACAAUGGGACACUCGGCGGAUCGUCUGGCAUCCGCAUUUAAUGUUUCCCGCGGCGAGCAGGAUGAGUACGCCCUGAGAUCGCACACGUUGGCAAAGGAAGCACAGGAGAAGGGCUACUUCACGGAUCUGGUUCCAUUCAAGGUGCAAGGCGUUGAUCAGGUAGUGGACAAAGACAACGGCAUUCGUGUGUCAACCCCCGAAAGCUUGGCGAAGUUGAGGCCGGCUUUUGUGAAACCCUAUGGCACGGUUACAGCCGCUAAUGCCUCAUUUCUGACCGAUGGUGCCUCUGCUUGUUUGAUCAUGACUGAGGAGAAAGCAAAACAGCUUGGCCUUAAGCCGAAGGCCUACCUGCGCGAUUUCCUGUACGUGUCGCAAGAUCCCGUCGAUCAACUGUUACUGGGACCCGCCUACGGGAUUCCGAAACUUUUGAAAAAAGCCGGUCUCACUUUGAAAGACAUUGACUCGUGGGAGAUCCAUGAAGCUUUUGCCGGUCAAAUUGUGGCCAAUCUGAAGGCCUUGGACUCGGAUUGGUUCUGCAAAACAUAUCUGGGCCUGAGCGAAAAGUUGGGCUCACCAGAUCUGUCCAAAUGGAAUAACUGGGGCGGAUCCCUGUCCAUCGGACAUCCAUUUGCCGCAACUGGUGUCCGUCUGUGCAUGCACACUGCGAACCGCUUGGUUCGCGAAGAUGGCAAGCUUGGUGUGGUCGCAGCUUGUGCAGCCGGCGGCCAGGGCGUUGCCAUGCUUAUCGAGCGCUAUCCUGGCGCAACAGCCGACUGAAAUCGAAAUCAAAUCAACAAAGGAAAGUGCAGUUUGACUGCAGUUUGAUGCCUUAGCUUUUAUACACUUAAAACUAUGUCUACGAGUAAAGAAAUUUGAAAUUAAA